CCCGACGCUGUAAUGGAACAUAGCAACAGUCUCACCCGCUUAUCUGCCCCAAGUUUUUGUCUUAACAAAGAUUAGCUUUUGCUCGAUGAAGUCAGUUUCUAUGUGGGCGCGAGAGGUUAACCGACUUCGUUUCGAGAGCCCGCAGAACACAGGAUGCGAUGUUAUUUGCGCGCAUUGCUCCUGUGCACGGGCUUCACCUUUUUUUCGUCGUUCUACGUGAUCAAUCAUCUCGCAUCCACCCUGGAGGACGCCACCCGGCGGGGCCAGGAUGAGCAGAGGACACCCGACGGAAAGAGUCGUCACACGGGGGACGGUGUCAGGAAAAGACCCGGAUUGACAGGCCGCGGAGCUCGCGAGCAGGACAGGUGUAAAUCACUGUCAGUCUCUUACUGGAAUCCGUACUGGAGACUACCUGCUGAUGUUUGUGGACUGAACUGCUUUUCGGAUUCAUCCUUUAGUGACAGGAUAGACUCCGAAGUCAAAGACGGCGGCGAUGAUAGUAGUCACCUGGCCGUGGUGGCCUGCGGGCCUCGGUUGGAGGAGACGCUCACCAUGCUCAAGUCUGCUGUCCUGUUCAGCAAAAAGCCUCUCAAGUUUUACAUCUUCGCCGACGACGAGCUUCAGGCCGGCUUUCGAAAUGCGCUACACUCCUGGCCGACGUCUGUUCAAACCAGGUUUAACUUCACCGUCUACCCGAUCACUUUCCCCAGCGGGAAUGAGAAAGAAUGGAAGAAGCUCUUCAAACCGUGUGCCUCUCAAAGGCUCUUUUUACCAUUGAUCCUGAAGGAGGUGGACUCGUUACUGUAUGUGGACACAGAUAUCCUCUUCCUGCAGCCCGUGGAAGACAUCUGGGUCUUCUUCUCCCAGUUCAACACGAGCCAGCUUGCUGCCAUGGCGCCGGAGCACGAGGAGCCACGGAUCGGCUGGUACAACCGCUUCGCCCGCCACGCUUACUACGGCACGACUGGCCUCAACUCCGGGGUCAUGCUCAUGAACAUGACACGGCUCAGGGAAACCUUUUUUAAGAACGAUAUGACAACAGUUGCGCUUCAAUGGAGUGAAAUGCUGAUGCCCCUUCUUCAAAAGUACAAACUCAACAUCACCUGGGGGGACCAAGACCUUCUCAAUAUCAUAUUUCAUCACAACCCAGAAUGCCUCUACGUGUUCCCCUGCCAGUGGAACUACCGUCCGGACCAUUGCGUCUAUGGUCUCAACUGUCACCAAGCUGAAAAAGAUGGCGUUUUCAUUCUCCACGGUAGCAGGGGAGUCUACCAUAACGAAAAGCAGAUGGCGUUUAGAUUCGUUUAUGAGGCCAUCAAGCAGUACCCCUUUGGUGAGAACAUGGAGACCUCACUGCUUCAGCCGCUUGAAGAGUCUCUCCAGACCACCACCCCGACUUACUGUGGACGGCAGAGCCACCUGUUCACCAAGAGGCUCAAACAAAGUAUUGCAUCUGUUCAACAGGAGGUCAGGCGGGGCAGAUGAGCUGCGUUAGAUUAGUUAUAAACACAGAGCAACGUCGUACUCUCUCUUGGCAAUCCGAACGUUUGUAUAGUGAUGGUCACUCCGACGUACGUACGUAUUUAAGUUCUGCAUGCUCCGUCCCACCCACCACUGGCAGGUGUUUGAAGAGGUGCGCAGUGCACAAGCACAUCAAUGUUGAUGUCACAAAAUGGACCUUUCCGAUGGCAAUUUUAAGCUCCGCCUCCUUAGCCAUGUCCCACAAGCUGACAAAAUGGCGAAACGUUGGCGAUCGAUGCAAAAAAAAGUUUGACGCCUCACAAACUUCAAACUUCAUAUUGAAAUCCAACAGUGGAAUCGUACUGCACACCUAAAGCAGGGCAAGUACUUUUUACUAGGAAGGAUCACGACUAAUACCAUUGUAGACGUCAUAACUGAGUGGGUGUAUUCAUUUGACUUGGCUCGUAAUGGAAGCCAGUGCUCUGUCUUAAAAGUCCGAUGUGCUACAAAUGGGCAAAUAGACAUUUCUCUUGCAUGAGAUCGCGUAUUUACCUAUCACUAGCCCGACUCGUCGGCAUAAAACAUUACACACUUCAUUCAGCAGGUCAGUGAUACAUUAACAAAGUGAAAGUUGUUCUCCUGCAAUGUAUAAAGCGCUCAUAAUAAUUCAAUCAAACUCAAAGAAGAUACUUCUCCCUCACUUACCUUCUAACAUACAGCCUAGUGUUUGUUGAUAUUGUCCACAUUUAGUUUUACGUGCCGUCUUCCGCGACCCUUAAUCCAUCGCAGACACUUCGUCUACUGGGUUUUAGGGUUUGGAAAAUGAAUCAACCGGGCCCCUUGUAACCUAGCAGGACAUCUUUCAUCAGAAUUGCACAUUCCCCAAGCGCAUCUUAGGACCAUUUUCUUCGUAACAUUAACUUUUCCAAGCGCACGCUACUGACAACCACCAUUGCUUGUGGGACAAUACGGCGAGAGGGGCGUGUCAAGCCAGGAGUGAAGACAAUGCGGCUAUCUGAUUGGCUAUUAUCGUACGAGUGACUGACAGGUCGGAAAGGUCCAUUACUUCAAUGCCAUGCCUCCUCUUGCCAGUUAGUCAUAAUAACCGCCAUGCACAAUAGAAGUAAACAGAACCACUAGAAAUAUGUCAGGAAAGUUGCAGGACAGAGUUGUGUAAUGAUGCGCUGAAGGGGAGAACAUGCAAACUCCGCAUCAAAAGCAAAGCAAUUUCGCAUAGCGCAUUUCAUACACAAGGUGACUCAAUGCGCUUUACCGAAAGCCCUCAAGUGACGAGUCAACCGUGUUGGUAGAUGCGCUAACCACGUGCUCCACUUUGCUCGCACAAAAUAUUUUAUUGUGGAGAUACGGUAAAUAAAAAGACGGGGACACGGAAUCAGGCAUGUCACUUUACUGAUGCAAAAUGGUUUUCACAUCAAACAGCCAAGGACUCCCUUUGAUGUUUCAUCUCCUGCCCCUCCCUUGAACAGUCACGCGCCUGGUGAAUGUCUCCCUCAUGUGAGUCACCACAUUAUCACGAUAUUUACCCAGCAAAAAAAAUAUGUCAGCCGUCCAUAACGCGAUACACACAAAUGUAACUGAACUUAUGGAUACAAUUGUCUUGCUUACUAAAGUGAAAAAAAUGUUCUUAAUAUAAAGCUUUUCAGUCACAGCAUUUUGAAAAUAAUAGAAAGAUGAUGUACUCAAAGUGCUGUUUCCCCCUCAGCCCCCCACUCACUCUCCACAGGCAAUAGAAAAUAAGUAUUAUACCAAAUAAAAAUGCAACACAAACUAAAUGACUCCUGAGGAAUACCAGGUGCUGGAUUGGGCAGUCGUCUCAAGGAAAAAGUGCAAAUUACAGAAAGCACAAUUGCGUCCUAAUGUCCCGCGUGGCAGUGAGAGCUCUGAAAAGAAAAAAGAAAGAAAGGUUGACCUGUGUCUUUCAUACCAUUUUUACAUACCGAGUGGUCUAAUGAGCCUUUUUCUUUUGUGCCGUUUGAGAGGUUCCACAGUGUUCUUCAAAGAUUUUUCCCUUCAGAACAUUUGGUAUACGCAGGCCAAAAGGCUGCAUGACAAACAGGCUCAAGCCUACUGAAUUAUUAUUUGUUUACAACUUUCUUACUGUGUAAAUUGGCUUGGUAGCCACACGCAACUUGCUUAAUUUUUCAUGUUUUCAAGCGCUGGUUCAUAUAAAACACCAACAUCACCCCCUUAAAAAAAACAAGUAGAGGAAAAAAAACUGUUUAGAGUACUUUGCUUCUGCAGAAAUGAUUAAUUUUACAACAGAACAGGCACUUUGAGACAAUCAGGUUAUUUUUUAAGAGUUAUAAUCGCAAUAAUGUCAUGAUGAUCACUUUGCGCAUUUAGCCUAAGGUUUUCAGAAACUCAGUAGGGGAUAUAUUAGUUGUCCUAUAAGGAGAAACUGCUUUGUAAUUGAACUUUUUAAGCCGCUGUAGUACAAAGACAAGACCAUGAAUGUACGUGUUAAAUAUUGCCUGCCUGUUACCUCCUCACGUAUUGAAAUGAGUAUGAUUUGAUCGUUUUCAUGUGCAAUAAAUCUCAAAACAGUACAACGAACAAAUGAUGCUAGCAUUAAACAGUAUCCUGGCUGAGCCACUAUAAUUUCAGAACAUGCACCCAUAAAAAUCUAAUUUUCUUGUAAUUUCAAAAGGCACACAAACAUUGUUUUUAAAUAAUUCUCGUUUAACUGGAGAAUGUGUUCAGAGGUACUGGGUAGCUUUAAUAUAGUAUGAAAAUAGAAAUGUAAAAUGUAUGUAUGUAUUUGGUUUCUACAGUACAGUAUUUAAAAUGGCCUGCCAUUGUGACUGCCUUGUGUGUUGAUUACUUUUAAGCGUAUACUGUAUAGUAUCGUCUCAAUGAAUGUAAGUGGCUCAGAAAAUGGAUGGAUGGAUGGAGUGUUUCCCUCCCCAAGGCUAAGUUGACACGAUGUUCCUGGCAGGCACGGCAGCCCUGUUUUCCCCAAAAUGUAGCAUGCUAUGGGAUUUUGGCUUAUUUUCCCGUUCCGUAUAUACAGUAAAUCUUGCUAAAUUUUCUCACAGUCAAUCACGGUGUUUAUGGUGGGCCUUGUCUCAACGGGCCUGCUAAUUUCUCGAGGAUCAAAGUCGCGUUAUGUUUCAGCCCAGUGUUGUUGCCAAAAUAUCCGUUUUCAAAGUUGUGGCGCAAACCCAUUGCCCAGCUGUCUGGGUUCACCCUAAGUUACUACUUACUUACAGAGGUGGGGAGUAGUGAGCUAGAGUUACAUUAUUACAUUUACUGUAUUUUCCGCACUAUAAGGCACACCGCAUUAUAAGGCGCACCUUCAAUGAAUGGCCCAUUCCAAAACUUUUUCCACAUAUAAGGCGCAUAGAAUAUACACUACAGUAGAGGCUGGUGUUAGGUUAUGCAUCCAUUAGAUGGAGCUGCACUAAAGGCUCAAUAUUGAUCCAUAUAUAAGGCGCAUCGGAUUAUCAGGCGCACCAUCGGCUUUUGAGAAAAUUCAAGGCUUUUAGGUGCGCCUUAUAGUGCGGAAAAUACGGCACUCAAGUAUCAUUUUCUAUCAACUGUAUUUUUCAGAAUACUUUAAAUACAUUGUGCUUUUUAAUUUUAAUUAAUUUAAUUUAAAUUUUCGAGUAUUUGUGAAGAAGGAUCAGUAGUUUUACUCCGUUGCCAUGAAAUGAAUAAUUUUUCACUCAUCAGAUGACACGAGGCAGUCACAUGACCGUGUACUUCUCGAGCCAUUCAAAAUGACUCAUUUUGGAGGGGAAAAACAGCCGUGCAACUCUGUUCUUCAGACUCCAAAACCCAACAUCUUUAUCAUGCAGCUCUUAAAAAUUGUGACUGCUCAAACUUGCCUUUUUCAGCCCAAUUCAAACUUGUGAAAACACCUUGGAGUCGUUUCCUUUGUUGUUUUGGCAGUGGAUAUGCCAAAAUUAGCACUAUCAUCCCUAUGGUGUCACACACGCAAGUCUGGUCUGCCUGCAGCUUCAUAAAGUCAUUUAAUUGAAUCAAGGAAAUGUUUCUGUUGGGCCCAAUUUUUCAGGCAAUUAAAAAUGAACCCGACAACACAGCCUGUCACGUUUGCUCUUGCGUUGUCUCACGCCAUCCCGUUUUAUCCACAAUGCCCUAAAAAAAGGGGUUGCUAUGGCCGCCACGAACAUAGUGUAGGUACAGCAUCAGCUAAAACCAAACAUAUUUUUGUGAAAUAGAAAACUUGUGUGAACAGAAUGUUUUUGAAUUUUUAUAUGCUGUAAUCCCCAUUAAACUGUUGUUUUAUCGGUUAGCGGUAUCAGUUAGAUUUCCUGGUGGGAUACAUUACGGUCAUACACGACCGUUCCUCAACAUUUUACAAUUUCUGUAGUCGUAUGGUGUAAAACACAAAAGCCUUUCAGGAGCAGCAUUAAUUGCACACACACGCGCGCGUGCUGUCCCCAUAACGAGGAGCAUUCAUCUUUGAAGCGGCAAUUAAAUAAGAGGAAAUCAGUGUGUCAUGACUUGAAAAAAUGCUAAAAGCUGAUUAAGAAGGCGGAAAAUAUGUCGGCAUCCGUUGCCCCCCCGGCCCUGCAUUUGCACAAGCCGAUUGACAUACGGCAGAUGCCUCGAAAUCGGCAACGCGAUGAAUUUCAAACACUUUCUACCCUAAGAAGCUGUUAAAUAUUUCAGUUUUUGACAGGGAAGUGUGGUGUGUGUGUGUGUGUGUGUGUGUGUGGCGGGGGGCUGAUAUCUACAAUAACCAAGAGUUGCAAAAAGAAUUCACAACUCGUGGUAAGCCAUACCUUAAACUUUCUUGAGGCAAAGUCUAUAUAGGCCGGACAUGGUCAAGUGAUUAAAAGCGCAAGGGAGGUCCAUUAGUGUGUCACUUUAAAUUAUAUCAGUGCAAAAAAAAAAAAAAAAGAAAAAAAAUACGUGUACCCUGUAGCAAGAUGAAUGAGGAGAAUCUCAACGUAAACGUGGUUGACUUUCAAGGGGGACGCUAAUGCUGCUACAACCUGGUUAGACUCCCCCCCACACACCCCCUGAGAAUGAUGCUGAACGAGAUCUCAUUCAGUCUUACAGGAACAGCCACUAGAUUAUUCAUGUUAUUGCUUGCACCACUUGGCCUCUCUAUUGCUCAAUAACGAUCUUUAAAGCCCGGGCAUAAAUUAAAACAGAGACUGACAGGGAGAAUAAAAUGGGUCGCAAAGUUAGGAAUAUGCAAUAUGAGCGGGCGAGAAAGGUCAUCAAAGGCAGUAUGUACUGUCUGUUUUCUCAUAAGCAGUAAAACAAAAACAAAAAAAAAAAGACUUUUGUGAGAGCUCAACAUCCAAUUCUAAAAACCUCAAGGGGAAGCGGUAAGUAAUAUUUAACCUAAAAAAUGCUCAUAAGGUCCAAAAUAUAAACAUCCUGGAGGACGUUAUAAAAAGUGAUCGAAGAACGUGUCCCUACCGCUGCACUGAAAUAUACAUCUUUUAGCUAUAAAAGAUGCAUAAAAACUCCGUGAUUCAUAUACUGUGAAUAGAUAUGUCAGUAUGGGGUAAUUUGGGCAUAAAAAGUUUAUGAAACUAAGUCCAUUACUAGCAAAAUAUUGCGCAGUGGGUCUUGUAAUGUUUGCUGGGUAAUGUUUAUGAUUUGUUGUUGUUGACAAACUUGUGGGGAUUCUGCCUGGGCACGACAGAGAGCAAAUAUUAUGAGCCACUCAAUAUUUAAUCAAAUAAUGCAGCUUUUAAAAUUCAGACGGUCUCCAAUUGAUGUCUCAGGUAGGUUUUUACUCAUGCUGUGCAAUAUAACAAACGUUGCUUGUAGGUUUGCAUUUUAAUGGAUUUUUAAUGCCAUUUCGUCUUUAAACACUCGCUAAUGAGGCAGCGAGUAUGUAAACAGUGUUAAAUCUACUUCUCUGUGCAUCUUUUCUGGCUACUUUUUACACUGCAGUGGUCAUUUUCAUCAGCAUUUUAUUUGUCCACACUUUUAAUUGCAUCUGUAAAUCAGCCUUAAAAGCAAAUCAUGAACCAUAAUUUUUCAGCCUACGAGCCCCAGCUUUUUUCACACGCUUUCAACCCUGCGGUGUAUGCGGUGAUGCGGCUAAUUUGUGCAUUUUUUACCUAACGGCCGCAAGAGGGCACUCGAGCGGAAAAGGUAAGAAUGAGACCGGUGGAAUAUAUGUGGCGAGGAAGUGACUUUUACCGGCCCUGUUAGUGCUGCGCUAGAGUUAGCACUGUACUAGCGUGUUACUGCCGUGUCUCAGUGAUAUUUACCGGUAAGUUUUAUUUUAACUGGCCCUGUUAGCGUUAGCACUAGCGCCAAGCUAGCUUUAAACUCUUUCUUUGUACUGUAUUUGUCUGUAAAUAUCUCGUGAUUCAAUGUGGGCACUUGCGGCUUUUACACGACUGCGGCGUAUGUAUGUACCAAAUGGUACUUACUUUACAAAUGUACUCGGUGAGGCUCUGUAGGCCAGGAAUUACAGUAAUUUACCCCACAGCGGCUAGGCGUAGAUCCUUCCUCAAAGUAGCAGAGCAGGCUGAGAAAACAUGCACAUGCAAAUAAAAUGAUAUAAUUAGCAGAAUGCCCAUGCCUGGACAUAAUCAUCACGCCAGGUGAGAAAAUGCCACACUUCAAUUCAUGAUCUGACAGAAUGAUCGAAAACGGUUAUCCACACAGAUGCCGGUUUUGGAAGUCCUACUAUUUCUUUCCGAGUGGUGGGUAGUGUCUAAACAUUACAAAAUACACUCAUUGGUGACUUUGUUAUGAACACGGCUAUGAAAGUUCGGGAGAGAAAGAAGUGUGCAUGAAAAAAAAAAAGCCUGAAAAAAAAAAUCUGAGUGAGUUGUGUGCUGCAAACAAAAGCCUGAAAACGAAGCACAGCAUUAAAAUGACAACAGCAGUCACUCACAUUUGAAAAAUGUACGGGUGUGGUCAGUCACGCCCGCAGAUAUAAAGUUACGGGUGUGGUUCACCAGUCAUGCCCGCAAAUAUAAAGUUGCAGGUGUGUGUUCUGUUUGUAAUUAUGAGUGUAUCCCUUUAAGAGCGGAGGGCGGCGGAAGUUGAAGUAGGCUGAGCAGCAGCUAGUUAGAGACGUCUGUCAGUGGUUCACUGCGCUCGAUCGGUUUUCAUGUGUGCUGAGAGUGCGCGACAAGUGCGCAGUUGCGGAGCUUAGGGGGAACAUUGGUCAAGACUGCACAAAAUAAGCAACGUUUUUCAAUAUCUAUGUAUUUCUACUUGUAACAAAUUUUACGGACGUGAUAUUUCGGUCUCUUCUGUGCAGAUUUGUGAGUGUGAUGGCGCGCGGGCACAUAACCACCCGUCAAAUCACAGCGGCUGCAACAGUGGACAAUAAUACAAAAAAAAAGGCCUGAAAAAGAAGCACCAAAGUAAACAAGAGCAUUGAGCUGCACAAAAUCUUAAAAAGAAAACAAGACGAUCAUUUCGUACUUAGCUGUAUCUGUGCCUAAUGUUGUGACCGGUAAAUGUAUGACUUUAACGUGUCCUUUCACGAGCGAGCGACAUUCCGGAACGCCGAGCGCGAACCACAUUUACGGCACGCUGCCCUCAGAGCUACGCGGUGCGGCUCAAGAAAUAAUCCACCGCCAACCUUAGCCAAAUGUUGCCGCCCGCUCUCCUCACAGUCCAUAAACAACCACGCAAAGAGCAUCCACGCUGACCCGGGGGGGCUAUCGCCUCUGCCGACAUCGCCCGUGCAGAUAUUGAGACAUGUUUUAUGGAUGCAUAAUAUUCAAACACAGAAACAUAAGGAUGUUAUUAUACAGACUCUCGUAUAUUGUUUUUUGUUUUGUUUUUUUACGGUGUGUUUGGCGCAAAUGUCACGGAGACGGAGCAUUGGCAAUGCUCUCGUAAUACCGUCUGUAUUACCGCUCAUAAAAGAGCAGAUCAAUCACUUGAGCUGUCCUUUUCCCCCCUGAUAAAACGUCUCAUCAAUGAUCCCCCUCCCAACGCUUUAAAGCUGAAGGACCGCCGCUAAGAAUCCAUGCCGUGCCACGCAUUGUUAGCGAACAAUAUGCUACGUCUUUCUGCAUGUUACACUUCCUUGAUUAGAUCGAAGACUUUUUCAAUUGUCAAAUAAAAUACUCCCAGUUACUUACAGUACUUUAUUAAACAGUUAAAUAUUCCACAUUUCCCUGCCAUUCACACUUCUGCAGUUUCAACUAUGUAAACGUCCAACCAAAAUUGUGACCUGCUGUAGCCGUAACCCCACCGCCUUAGGACUGGCCCGCACAUCGAGAUUUAAUCAUGAUAAUUAUUGACGCUUAUCAAGAUGAACAUACCAUAAUUUCUCAACUAUAAUGCGUCCUUAAGUAUGAUGUGCACCCCCAAAGUUGACCUAAAAAAAAAAAAAAAAAAAAAAAAUCAGGAAAACCCUUCUACCAAUGUACAAUCCGCACCACCAAUUUAUAUUUUGUUAGGUUUAUACUUGUAUUGUUUUUCAAAAACUGGACAACAAUCAUAAAUAAUAAUCAUUCUGCAUGUGCUGAUGUAGCGGUAAUAUAUAACUCGGGACGCGCUUGUCCCCGUCCUUGUAAUUGUCAGAAGAGAAUCCCUGAACCUACUAAAAUAAAUGCACAAUGAUAGGAUAACAUUUUACUAAUACUGUUGAUAACACAUAUUACAGUCUUAAAAAUAACGAUUAACACUGUUUAACUUAAACAUAUUUGUGCAUAAAAUGUUUGUGCAUUGUGCAUUUUAUCUUGUACAUUACACAUCCUUGGCCAAGAUUUCAAAAGAAGCAUCUGACUCAUCGCCAAUCUGAAAAAUAUUCACGGUAGCUACCUUUGGUGCAUCACUGUCAAACUCAUCAUUGAUGAAUUGGUACAGUUCCGGUACCUCUUGCAUUGAUUCAUGAACAUCCCAUCUUGCGCCCAACGCAUGUCAUCAUCUGUGCCAUCCAUAGCGUUUGUGAGGAGACGUUUUUUUUUAAUCCCAAGACUUUGGGUUGAGCGGCGCAGGCUCUCCACCUCCAUCUGGCGCCAAUCUGGAGCAGCCUUCCUAGAGCGUCUAGUUGCUAUCAAAACAACGUGAGCUCAAACAACAUAGAAACGAGCAUAAUGGCCACAUUUUUUUUAAAAAGUGAGCAUUCCAAUUGUGUACUUUUUAAUGGACUCGAUUAUGCUGGUACUACGUAGUUUGAGCUCACGCUGUUUUGAUAACGACCUGAAGGCAUUGGGCUCUCGUAGUUUUGUAUUGCCGCACUGCUUCCCGGUUCCUCGCGUCAGCGAAGACACAUUUCUUUUAAAAGCGGCUGCACAACUAGUCGUUGUAAUCGACAUUCUUUUGUCUUAGUUUAAGUUAAAACAAACUCACGGGCAGUCGUUUCAACAAACAUGCUACGCUAACAAUUGUGAAAUCCAAAGUUCACCCGAGGGAGAAAGAGAGCUCAGGUUUGUGGUGCACAUUACCGUAAUAUAUAUAAAUGUGUCACAUAAGACAUUGAAUAUCAUAUCGAAAUGUAUAUGUAUACCUUUUUUACCACUCUGUGUAACUGUAUACGACUAUAUAAUGGGAUUGUAUUUUUUAAUUUUUCAUCCGUACCUAAAUAUAAUGCGCUCUAUUAACUUUUUGCAAAUUUUUUUUUUUUAAAUUGCGCAUUAUUUUUAAGAAAGUACAGUAUUUCCUCAAUCAAUAAAUGACUCACUGCAGACAGAGUUUAGGAAGACUACGUGGAUUUGGUUUCAGGGGGCAGGGCGUUGGUAUGAGGGAGGCAUGCGCCCCCUUUCACACCAGCGGAUAGCCGGCCCCGCUGCAAUCAUUAGAUUUUCUCGAAUGACUGUAUCGUGAUAUUUUUGAGAGAUGAAUCAAUCUUGUAACUAUAAAUUGUU